UAGAAGUCCCCGGUCGACAUAAUUCAAAACGGCGGUGUUUCCCCCGAUCACUCGACUCUCAUCUGCCCUACGAGAAUCCAUUCUCUUUCUCGCACCAUCUCGGCAGAUCUUCCAGUCACAGUCACUCCUUUUCAAUUUGGUUUUUUAAUUCACCACACUCCUUAAUAAUUUAAUACUAGUCUAACUCGGUCGACUGCGUCAUUCUCUGGCUCGACCCGACCGCAACUUAAUAGUGCCAAUAUUCGUACGUGCGUCGAAAGAUCGGCGCCCAUCCGUUGACUUCCUGGCGAACUCGGAAUAUCCCGUCACUCUUUCUAGACGCCUCGACCGCCCGUUUUCCCACUUGACAGGCCACCGACCGAUCAGUCGAGAUGGCCUCUUCCGGUUAUGCACCCGACAACACCUACUUUGUCGAGUCGGACGAGCCCAUCCAGCGUAUGAAUAUGCGUGAUGCUGCCAAGAUGAUUGCCCGGAACAAGCAGGAGAUGAUCGCCAAUGAGCUCUCGAGGCUGGCCUGUGACGAGUAUCUGGAGGACAUCAUGCAGCACAUGCGUCACAUGGAGGACGAAACAUUACCGGACGCCAAUCUAAUCGACAUGCAGCGUGAGAUCCAAUGGUUUAUGCGGCCGUAUCUCAUCGAUUUCCUGAUCGAGGCCCACGCGGCUUUCUCCCUCCUGCCCGAGACACUCUUCCUGACGGUCAAUCUUCUGGACCGGUACUGUUCAAAACGAGUGGUGUAUAAGCAGCACUACCAGCUGGUCGGCUGUGCUGCGCUCCUCAUCGCUGCCAAGUACGGGGACAAGAAGGAGCGAGUGCCCCAGAUCAACGAGCUGAACAACAUGUGCUGUGGACUGUACGAUGCAGGCAUGUUCACGCAGAUGGAGAUGCACGUUCUCAACACGCUGGAUUGGAAUAUUGGACAUCCGACCGUCGACUUCUUCACGCAAUUGGUUGUGGCUGAGGAGCGGGACAGCAGGGAGGUGGAGCACAUGGCCGCGUAUAUUUGCGAGAUUGCCCUCUAUCACCGAGACUUUGUAUCAACAAAGCCGUCGGUCAUGGCAAGGGCUUCGCUCGCACUCGCCCGCGCAAUUCUUGGCAAACCCGAGGUUAAUGACGGCGAGUGGGAUCACGUUGACAAUGUGACACUGCUUACGCUUUCUCAACACCUUCACCAGCCGUCGGUCACUCUGGCCAGGAAAUACUCGAGUCACUACUACUCGAAGGUAUCCAGCAAGCUCGCCGACUUCCUCGCUCAACAGGCUGCCAUUGCACGGCGAGGGGUUCCACCAUCGCCCCCUUCGGAACCCGCCCACUCGGGGAAGCCGUCUGAUGUGUACAGCACUCCGCAUAAGGGACUGGGUGCCGUUCCCGGGGUUGCUGACGGAUACAUGACGCCUCCCAUUACUCCCGAUGGCACUUGCUUCGGCCACAAUCCGGCAAUGAUUAAGGAUUACCAAGUCCCGCCCCGGCGCCCGGUUACACCGACCCCUCAGCCGAGUCAUGCGUCGUCAUACCAGCAGGUACAGCCUCAAGCACAACAUAUGGCAGGAUCGUCGUAUUUUGACGGUACCACCUCCCAGAUGUCGUACUGAGAGGAGGCGCCGGCAAAUUCGAGCGGCUCGCUUUGAGGCCGAGUCGACGACGUAAUUCGGUUACUAGCCUUAUAUAAUAUAAGGGCUGGUAACCGUCGGCGACGGCGCCUUGUUUUAUUUCUAUUGCUCUUUUUCUCUCUAUUUCCGGGGGCAUUUCGAGAUAUACCACUUUGGAAGACAAAAGAUUGCAUGCAUCUGGCUCUUUCUUUGUACGAAAACAUUAGCGACAUGGCAUCA